AUGGCUAGUCGACGCCAGAAACAGUUCGAUCGGAAGUACAGUUCCUAUCGAAAGUUCACUGCUACUGAAGAUGUCAACUACAGUACCCACUCAUCAAGAUCAUCUUACCGUUCUGAAUCAGUGACUUCAAGAACCGAUGGACGAGGGCGGUCCACGUCUUCUGAAGUGAUCGCUGGAUCGGAAUCUCGAUCAUAUCCAGUCUACAUUGCAAUUCAAGACUACACUCCCGAUAAAGAAGAUAUCGAAGCAAUUCCAUUAGAACAAGGACAGAUUGUGGAAGUUCUCGAUAAAAAGAAUUCUAUCCGAUGGCUUGUCAGAACCAAGGCUCGUCCACCUCGUUCCGGAUGGGUUCCGGGAUCAUACUUUGAAACUCCAACUGAGUUUUACAAGCAAAGAAGAAGAACAAGAGAAAUUGAGAACGUCAGUCUGUCUGAUGAACAGGCGGCUCUUGUGAAGAGAGACCAAGUCUAUCAUGAAUUGCUCCGUUCCGAAGAGGAGUUCGUUUCUUCUCUCAGAACAUGUGUCGACGACUACAUCAAAGUUCUCGAUGAUCCAGAAGUACCUGAAGCUGUGAAGAAACAUCGUGAAAAGCUCACUCUCAACAUUCCAGAGCUCUAUAAUUUCCACGCAAAGUACUAA